ACUACACCAGGAAUUUCAAGGCUCGAAGAAGAAACAGAGAGUUUGUUUGAGGAGUUGUUUCAUUCGGUUUUACCAAUGAAAUCUCCUUUUAAACCAUAGGUUUUCCACAUAUACUUUGUCUAGAGUCCCCAAGGACACUGAAGGUGUUUCCCUACGCCGUAAUAGGCGGUUUUUGAGCCCUUAGUUUGUGUCGUUUGAGACGCUGUACUCGACGUAUAUGGUCGAAGCAAAAACAUGUCGUUCUUUAAACAACUCUUUCCUUUUAUGAAAGUAAAGAAGAAGAAAGAAUUCUCUUAUAUAAUCAAAGAUGUGGAUCCUCAUUCAGUAUGGGAAAUCGUUGGAGAACUCGGAGAUGGCAGUUUUGGUAAAGUUUACAAGGCCCAACAUAAAACAGAAAACAUACUUGCGGCAGCUAAGAUUAUUGACGUUAAUGAUGAAAAUGAACUAGAAGAUUUUAUGGUGGAAAUUGAUAUCUUAAGUGAAGUAAAACACAAGCAUAUAGUAGGACUUCAUCACACAUACUACUAUGAUAACAAGCUGUGGAUGAUGCUAGAGUUUUGUGCAGGAGGAGCUCUUGAUGACCUCAUGUUAGAAAUUGAAAGAGGGUUGACUGAGCCUGAAAUUAAAGCCGUAUGUUAUCAACUUUUCGAGGGCUUAAAUAUUCUUCAUAGCAAUAAAAUCAUCCACAGAGAUUUGAAAGCUGGGAACCUUUUACUUGCUAGCGAUGGAAACAUUAAGUUGGCUGAUUUUGGUGUGUCGGCAAAGAACAAGAAAACACUGCAAAGAAGAUCGACAUUUAUAGGCACACCUUAUUGGAUGGCUCCUGAGGUUGUUGUCACAGAGACCUGUAAAGAUGACCCUUAUGAUUAUAAGGCUGAUAUAUGGUCGGCUGGUGUUACUAUUAUUGAGCUUGCUCAGAUGGUCCCACCUUAUCAUGCUAUGCAUCCCAUGAGAGUUCUAUUCAAGAUCCCAAAAGCUGAUCCUCCAACCCUUGACAAUAGCAACAAAUGGUCAAAAGAUCUACAAGAUUUCCUUGCGUGUUGUGUGGUAAAGAGCCCAGAAAUGAGGUCCACUGCUGCAGAACUAUUAAAGCAUCCUUUUUUGGUGAAUGGUGUUGAUGUCAAAACUCUUAAAGAUCUCUACAACGAAGCCAAAGCUGAAGUUAUUGAAGAAAUUGAAGAUCUUCCUGAAGACACAGAGGAGAAAGAUAAUGAACGACUAAAGAGUUCUGGCUCAUUUGAGUAUCUACUGAAUGAAGAGAAGGAUUCUGAUAAAGAAAAGGAAAACGAGAAAGAAAAAGAGAACGAGGAAAAGAAAGAAAGUGAAGAUGAAGUUUUCAAGAACAAAAAAGCAGAAGAAGAAAAAGAACCAAAGAAAGAAGAGGAAAAAGUCAAAGAUGAUGAUAAGAAAGCCGAAGGCACAGAAGAUGUUUCAAAAGAAGGUGAAAGCACAGAGGAAGUUUCAAAGCCAGAACAAGAUGCUGAAGAUAUAUCAAAGGACAAAAAUAAACCUGAGGAAACUUCAAAGACAGAAGAGGAAAAAGCUGUAGAUAAUGAGGAAAAGAAAGAAAUACCUGAAGUGAAAGAACCUGAGGAAAGCAAGAAAGAGAAAGAACCAGAAAUAAGUGAAGAGAAAAAAGAAACAACAGAGAAGAAGGACGAGAAAGAAGAGGAGAAAGGCCCAGAUGAUAAGUACUCCUCACGAUUAGAUAACAUUCUAGAUGAAAUGGAAACUGAAGAGAAGCCUAAAGAACCAGUAAAAGAAGAGAAGGAAGAGGAGAAAGACAAGGAAGCUGAACAAGAAAAGGAAGCUGAACCUGCGAAGGAACCAGAAGAAGCUUCCCAACCUGAAGAAGAUGCAACAAAAACAAAUGAAGGCGAAGAAGAAAAGAAAGAAGAGAAGGAAAAUGUAGAGGAAAAGAAAGAGGAGCAAAUAAACAAAGAUGGUAUGAAGGAAAUUCCAAUAUUGACUGAUGAAGGUGGAGAGAAAGAAAAGGAAAAUGUAGAGGAAAAGAAAGAGGAGCAGUUAAACAAAGACGGUAUGAAGGAAAUUCCAAUAUUGUUUGAUGAAGGUGGAGAUAAAAAAAAUAAAGAAGAUAAUAAGACACAAGAGAAGGAAACCGAAAAAGAGCCAGAAACCACCCAAGGAGGUCAACUGAAGGAAUUUGCUAUAUACACGGAUGAUGGCGAUGUUCCAAUAGAGAAUAAAGAUGACAAAAAAAUUACUGAUGAGACCACAACUGAUGGAAAGAAAUUAACCAAUGGAGCCAUUCUGGCUGCUGAGCUUAGCAAACAGACUGUACCGAAGAAGGAGGGAGACGCGGAGAAAACGGGAGAAAAACAUUUCAAGACCCUCAAACGAACACGUAAAUUUGCUACAGAAGAUGGUAAAAUAGUGACAGAGACAACAUCAAGAGUGGUAGACGUUAGUGGCGAGGACUUUAAGAAUGCACUAAUCAAAGAGCAGCAACAACGGAAGAUGAACCUUCGUGAUAUGAAGGUCUUUCAACGUCAGGAACAGAAACAAGGUAUGGAGCUGAUGUCCAAAAUACGAAGACAGUGGGAGGCUCAGGAGCAGCGCUUCGAACAAGAGAUCCAGGACAUCGAGAAAAAGUAUGAAGGUGACUUAGAUAACCUUAGUAGAAACCAGAAAAGAGAAAUCGAGAAACUAGAGCUGACACAGAAUGCAGAUUUGAGGGCUUCGUCAAGGAAAAUGAAACAAGAUCAGGAAAAGGAAUUAAGGAAAUUUAAAGAGAACCUAAAGGAAGAGGGCAGGAAGUCUAAGAAAGACAUUGAUAAGCUGCCACGACCGCAGCGUAAAGAAACGUGGAAGAAAAAGAAAGAUGAACUAGAUGUAUCGCAUCGUCAAGCGGAACACGAGUUCUUAGCGAUGCAACAAACAGAGUUCGAGAAAUUCUACAAACAAAUGAUCGACUUGCACAGACAAAAAAUGUUUGAGAUGGAAAUGCAUUUUCUGGAAUCCAAACAUGAAAGAAAAAGAGCCCACGAGUCUGAGAAAUGGGAAAUGGAAUAUCGUCAUCUGAAUGAACGACAUCAGCUCGCCAAGACUCAGCUGAAGGAGACGUUCUUCCUUCAGAGAGCACAGAUGUUAAGCAGACACCAGAAGGAAGUAGAACAACACCAACACUUAACUAAACUACAAGACGACGAAAUGAAACGUCGACACGAAAUCGAAAGGAAGAGGCUGCCGAAAAUACAGCGUAAUGAGAUCAAGGUMAAGGCGCAGAACUACCGUAAAAUACUACGAGAUAAGAAGGUCUCUCUGGAACAAGAAAAGGAUCUAAUGAGAGAGUUUGAAGAGGAAGAGCGCAAGAGAGCACGUUCUGAAUGCGAAAAGAUGGUUCUUCGACAAGAGUUAGAAGCUGAAGAAUUAAGGAAUUCAUCCGAAGCUGCUCUUAAAGAACUGCAGCAAUUACAGAAUGAGAAGAGACACAUGUUGAUGGAGAGCGAGACCCUCAAGUUAAAGGAACGAGAUGACAAGCAUAAUGCACAGAUGAUGGCAUGGAAGGCUGAACUUGGACCAAGAAAGAAGGGUCUAGAGGAAGAGUUUGCGCGUGAGAAAAGAGAACAGCAGUUGUUUUACGCACGUGGAGGAGAAGCAGAGCAUCAACCGAAUGAUUUGCGCGUACCUUCAGACAUGGAAUCCAUGGACGGAUCAGGGGGAAGCCAGACAGGCAGCCAAGCAGGUAGCCAGACGGGUAGUCAAAAAACUCCUGAUGACACUAGUUCGUCUACUGGUUCGUUGGAAGUAUAGAUAAUUCAUUCUAAACCUUUCUUGCUAAAAACAUUAGAAUAUUUGAUGAAAGUAAAUAAAAGCACGGCAAUAUCGUGUAAGAUAUCCAAACCACGUUCGCCAAUGGGAUUAUCAAGUUACAACAAUAUUGUAAUUAAUUGUCAGCGAAAGCUAUUUUGAAAUACUAGGAAAACCAAGACAUCGUGAUAUAAUAGAUACGACAUGUUGCGCAACCCUACGACAUGUCGUGCUCGAUUUGUCGUAUAGACUUGUUCGUACGUACGAUGAAAAAGAUGUGUGACGGUACGAUGAAGUUGACACAACACGAUUUACGUCGCGCAGGACUCGGCGUCGAUUGUAGAGUACAACUAAGUGUCAUUUCUUGAAAACGGUCCAAAACAUCAAAAGAUCCUUAGUUUCUUAUAUGUGAUAUCGAUGUUUGGACACACGAUAUAAUGCUAUCCGUGACAUUACGAAUACUAGUAUUACUAGUUUUCUUGGACUGCCACAUCACAGUUACUUAUCUACCAUUUCUUGCAACAACCCAAAAUUAUUAACGUUACAGUGGUUUGAUCAGCAACGAGCCCGCGUUGCUCGGCGGUCAGCGGUGUUGAGAAGAAGACCGCAGACCACCAAGUAACACGGGCUAAUCAGGCUAGUCUYCUACGGACGUUUUCAGCUGCGGACAAACGGAACGAUAAGUUCAUUGGUGGCCUUCAUAACGCGCACAUUUGCUACGUGUGUACGAACUUUAGAUAAACUUUUUUCUCAGCAAAUAAAACAAAGUAGUAGGUACUUAGGGCUCAGGUGAAACGUCAAACCUCACAUGAGCCGAACCUAAUUUAAAACGGUAGAUAACAAGGCGGUCUGCUUUGAUGUCAUUAGGUUCGGCUCAUUUGAAGUCACUUUACAGGCAGUAAAUUGAAUAUCAUGAUAUUUUUCAAAUGGAUUAAAUUUCGCGAUGAAAGUCAGAAUAAGAUGAAAUAUAUUGACAUGAGCACCUCAUGUUUUGAUGAGGAAUGAUUAUAUUCUCUGGUUUAGGCAGAACGUACAACCUUCACUCUUCUUCCAACAUUUACAAACAUUUCUAACUUGAAAAAUAAUUUGAAUUGAAAAUGCAUAAUAAAAGGAAUUCGUUAA